CCCGGUGGGGUCGCGGUGUCUAGACUACCGCAGCUCGGGCCCUCUCGGUCCGGCGCGCGCCAGGGAGCUGCGGGGCAGCGUGCGGGCAGCCGGCUCCGGCGUCAGGUCUGCUCAAGGACCGCCCGGCCCAGGUGCAUCGCGGCUCCAGCCGCCGCCGAGUGGGGGGUGGGUGUGGGAGCGAGACAACUCUUCCCGCCGGGCCAGGCGGCCGGCUCCGGGCUGCGCUCUCGGAUGCGCAACCCAGUGACAGCCGGUUGCCGCGGGGACGGCGACGAGAAGUGGGAGGGACCGGCGCACCGAGCAGACCUCCGGAGGGGACUCACCCUGGCUCUUCCCCCUCCUGGAAAAGAGGUCCAGGCAGAGGCUGCCCAAAGAGGGCUGGGGUGCGGCCCGUGCUUUCCCAGCCGGUGCCCGCGCUCGCACCACCCCACCUGGAGGGUCUACCGAGCCCCCGGGCCGCGCGCAUCCCCCAAGCAGGGGAGCCGGCAUCCGGAGCGCCGCGCCAUGGAGGCAGCUAACCUCUCCCGGGCCGCUGCCAGCGUCGCUCUCUCCCUGGGCCCAGAAGCGAGCAGCAGCAGCCCGGUUCCGGGCGGUGUGGUCCAGACAGCGCCGGGCCGAGAGCCGCCCUACUCUGUUUUCACCGUGCUGGUGGUGACGCUGCUGGUGCUGCUGAUUGCGGCCACUUUCCUGUGGAACCUGCUGGUGCUCAUUACCAUCCUGCGCGUCCGCGCCUUCCAUCGUGUGCCGCAUAACUUGGUGGCCUCGACGGCCGUGUCGGACGUGCUGGUGGCCGCCCUGGUGAUGCCCCUGAGCCUGGUGAGCGAGCUGUCGGCGGGGCGCCGCUGGCGCCUGGGCCGGAGCCUGUGCCACGUGUGGAUCUCUUUCGACGUGCUGUGCUGCACCGCCAGCAUCUGGAACGUGGCGGCCAUCGCCCUGGACCGCUACUGGACCAUCACGCGCCACCUGCAGUACACGCUGCGCACCCGGAGUCGCGCCUCGGCGCUCAUGAUCGCGCUGACCUGGGCGCUCUCGGCGCUCAUCGCCCUCGCCCCGCUGCUCUUCGGCUGGGGAGAAGCGUAUGACGCGCGACUCCUGCGCUGCCAGGUGAGCCAGGAACCCUCCUACGCCGUCUUCUCCACCUGCGGCGCCUUCUACCUGCCCCUUUGCGUGGUUCUUUUCGUCUACUGGAAGAUCUACAAGGCGGCCAAGUUGCGCUUCGGCCGCCGCCGCCGGGCUGUGCUGCCCUUGCCCGCGACGAGCGUGCAGUUGAAGGUGAAGGAGGCGCCUCGCGAGGCUGAGAUGGUGUUUACGGCACGCCGCCCAACUGUGGCCUUUCAGGCAAGCGAGGAGUCAUGGCGGGAGCAGAAGGAGAAACGGGCAGCGGUGAUGGUGGGCAUUCUCAUCGGGGUCUUUGUGCUGUGCUGGAUCCCCUUCUUCCUGGCGGAGCUCAUCAGCCCCCUGUGUGCCUGCAGCCUACCCCCCAUCUGGAAAAGCAUAUUCCUGUGGCUUGGCUACUCCAACUCAUUCUUCAACCCCCUGAUUUACACAGCGUUUAACAAGAACUACAACAACGCCUUCAAGAAUCUCUUCACCAAGCAGCGAUAAACACAGUGCCCGUGGAGAGUUGUGGAGAGACACAACUCUGUGUCCCGCACUAGUGAUCAGUAUCUCGGACCUGGAUUCUUAAGCUUCCUGCACUUGUGACCCCUUUCUCACACAAGAACUGCAACACAGGUGGGGACUGACAGAAACACUUCAGAUUCGUGAUGUGGAUGAUGUUGAAUGAAUUUUUGGUUGUUGCAAGUUCAGAAAACUUUAACUGUUACCAGAGUUUUUGCAACCCCAUAUUCGGUGAUGAGACCCCUCUCUGAAGUCAUGACACACAAUUUUAAAAAGAAUGCUUGGGUCUAGGGCCUUCCUUCCAGUGCUGAGUGUUAAUAAUUAUUUGCGACCCAUACUGCUGGGCCUCUAGAAAUGAGUCAUACAGCCAAACUGUUGGAGCAAAAACAGUUUAGGGAUGCCCAAGGAUCCCUAAAAUGAUGUGGCAGUUAAUGUGUGGCAAGCCUACAGGCAGUCCUGGCCUCAUGCAUGUGGUAGACAUUGCUAAUCAAUCCCAGAUCACAGCAUGUUUCUCCACAGAGCAGGGACACUACUCCAAAAUCCUUCAUUGCAAUUACUGCUAAAUGGUUAUAACUGACAUAACGCUUGAAGGUUAUUUUUCGUUUCCUUUGUCUAAUGCCAUCUUCCUCUGAGGAUCUCUCAUCUCAAGAUCCCAGGGGCCUGUUUUAUUCUAUUUGUGAGAUCAUAUGCCUUGUGCAACAGCUCUCACCCACCCCUUUAUGGACCUAAUUUAACUUAGGUUCCUCAGUUUCCAAGCCGUGGACCCCACUUUGUGAGAAAAGGGUAAUCUUUUUGUAAGUGUAACUUAGAACAACAAUGCUGCACACAUCUCUAGUGAAUCAGAUGUUCAAAGAAGUAGUCUGGUAAUUUAUGUAAAUUUUCUGUCAUGAAGGACACUCUAGAUGCUUUGGCUUGCUCAUCAGACUAAUCAAAUGGGCAUUUCUAGGGGUGAGGUGAGACCCAAUAAGCCGGUUUUUCUUUUUUUUUUUUAAUUUUUUAUUGAGUCACCAUGUGGAAAGUUACAAAGUUUUCAGGUUUAAAUCUCAGUUAUACAAUGCUCGAAUACCCAUCCCUUCACCAGUGCUCAUAUUCCAGAACCAAGAAUCCCAGUAUAGCUCCACCCCGCCCAAUAAGCCGGUUUUUCAACUCUCCCCAGGGGAUUCGAAUGUGCAACCAGCACUGAGAAACCCUGGUGAGGUGAUUUCUCUGCUUCUGUACCACAGGACGAGCCUUUCCCUGAAUACAUCACUAUAUUGACCUAUCUAAAAAAAACAUUUUGGAAACUUUCAUUUUCAGACUCAAGAGAAUCUCUUUUUCUCCUCUCUCUAUCUCUGUCUCUCUGUCUCUGUCUCUGUCUCUGUCUCUCUCUCUCUGUCCUCCUUCCACACCUGCCACAGUGAAUCUUGGUUUCCCAAAAAUUAAAAAAAAAAACACAGCCCAGGAAUAUAGAAAUCCUUGUACCUGCAUAAGGGGAUCACUGAUCUAGUUAAUCCUGACUAUAGUCUCCCUGAUUUGGGAGGCAGGCUGGUAACUUAUUAGGCAUUUAAAUUUAGAGGAACUAUCUUUGCCACUAGGGCUCCUUAUCAACGCUUGAGGCUUGUCAAAGACUGUUAAGCCUGCACAAAAGAGCACCUGAACUUUGGGGGCUAUCAGAGAAUCUAAGUCCACAGCACAUUUUCCAAACAGUGGGAAGCCAGACAGGUUUCAGAAAUUAGAUUUUCUUAAAAAAUACACUUCAGAAAGAAAAAAUGAUGCAUAGUCCAUAAAUUAGGUAACAACCUCAGCUAUGUCCGGGGCUGUAGCUUCUCAUCAGACAUGAUGUUCCUGCAGAUGAACGCAUGAAUAUUUACACCAUGAGGAAGGGAUUGAAAUGGCUUCAUGAUGGUGCCAGCCAAUUGGGUUACAUCAGAUUUUAUCAUCAGUGAGGUAACAAAGAACGCGUUCCCCUUGAAAGUGUGUUUGACAGAGCGGGUAGGGCUCUGUUGAUGUGUGUGGCUCCAUCUUCGCCCAUGAGGGGAGGUGCUUUCCCCAAGACAGCUCUCUGGGGGUGAUGUUCUAGAAUUAGAUUUUUGUCUUUAUUGAAAAAUGCUCCAAAAAAAAUCUGAAACCAAUGUAUGCAUUUCACGAAUAAAGGUAAUCCAAGCAUCUACUUAA